GCCAACCGCCAGUAAACAUCAGAAGAAGAAGAAAAAGAAAACGAAUGGAGGCAGAUGGCAGAUAGCCCUUUUAAAGAUUGGAUGAUGCUAGCAAGCUAACGUGCUGGGCUUCUAGUAAAGCAGUUUCGCGUUUGCUCAAAGCUAGCUGGUUAGCCACUGUGUUUCCUUUAGCUCGUUUUAAUCGGAGUCCUUGAUUUAGCUGCUAACCGCGCAUCACACAGAGAAAUAAAAAUGAAUUAUUCGGAUUACGACUCGGACGGCUAUUCGUCAAAUGAAGAUGAAGACUAUGUCCCCUCUGAUGAUAAUCUGAGCGAGGAUGACAUGAAUGAAUGUGUGAAAGAGGACGCGCUGGAAGGGGAGGAUGAUAAUGGGCAGCAGUCAGAGCGUUUGAAGAAGAAAAAGAAGAAAACGAAUGCAGGCAUCCCUAUGAGGAAAAGGAAAAAAGGAGGCCUUAAACUAGAGGAUGAUGUUGAGGGUUGUUCGGCAGACCAACAGAAAGGUGAAGAUGGGUCAAAAGAAAAUAAUUUUGUAACAGAGUUAAGAGAGGUCAACGAAGAGAAACAGAAGAAGAAAGCAGAUGAUCUUUGGGCUAGUUUUUUGAGUGAUGUCGGCUCUCGACCCAAAGAGGCAGCUGCAAGUACAGGCUCUCAGCAGUCCACAUCUACUACAACUGGCAUUGAUAAGCCAAGUAAACCCCCCACAGUGUCUCAGCAGCAGGAGGACAAACCAAAAGAAUCCUCCAAAAUCACAAUUACCAAGGUGUUUGAUUUCGCAGGAGAAGAAGUUCGGGUCACCAAAGAGGUGGACGCAGACUCACGAGAGGCCAAGAGUUUUCUGAAGGAGGAGAAAGUGCUGAAGGAGAAAGAAGAGUCCUCUGAGCCCCAGCCGUCCGUGCCGCUGUCCUCUGCAUCCAGUGCAAAGAGGCCAGCGGGCAUGGGGAGCAUCCUGAAUCGCAUCGGGGCCAAAAAGCAGAAGAUGAGCACUUUGGAGAAGUCUAAGAUGGACUGGGAUGCCUUUAAAACAGAAGAGGGCAUUUCAGACGAGCUGGCAAUCCAUAAUCGAGGCAAAGAAGGGUACGUGGAGAGAAAGAACUUCCUGGAGCGAGUGGACCACCGGCAGUUUGAGUUGGAGAAGACUGUGCGUCUGAACAACAUGAAACGGUGACACAAGGAGAGCGCAGAUACAUUCACUGAUCAAAACAGACUGUCCCAUAUUCACACACCCUGCACACACUCUGUUUUUUUUGUCAUAAAGAUAGAAUGGCCUGUAGCCCAUCUCCCCCUCCCACCCCCCACAAAAAAAAAAAUAUUGGUCUGCCUUUGCAAUCUGAAUGUACAGCUCCGAUAUUGUCUUUUCUUUCUUCAGUUCUUCCUUUGUCCAAUAUUGCAUGUUCAUGUUUAUCAGGGCUUCUUUAAUAUGAAAGAGGCACAGCUCAUGGUGUUUUUCUUCACAAGGACUUCAAGGAAUCCCUCAAAAACCUCACUGAGGUACAUACUAACCAUUCAAUAAGAGUGACAUUAAUGGGAAAGAAAACCUCAUUAAGAUGCACAGAUUAGCAUAAUUCAUAUCUUUGCUCUGACGGUGAGGAUUGUUUUGUAAAUGUAAAUGCUCUAUAGUGAUGCGGUUUACUCAGGCGUUCAGGUAUAUUCUUGUAUUUGAUGGUAAAAUUAAAGUGCAGUUGUUUUUGUUUUUCCCAUGCUUGCUUACUAAAGAAUUGCUUUUGUUAAGAAUGGUUAUAUGGUAAUUACCCCACUGUCAUUUUAAUUGUGUUUCACUGACAAAAAUAAAUCAUGUCAUUGAGUUGGGACGCUUUCUUUUUAAGUGAA